AAAAAACUUAGCAAAAGAGCCUUAAAUAAAUAACAAGAACAAAGAAAAUGCACAUGAAAAUGUUCGUUACUUGUUACAGAGAAGUGUAACAAAAAUGAAGAACACUGUAAACAACCCAGCUGAUGAUGAUGAUACCAACAAAGACGCAGUUUCUACUCUCGAUUCUCGCUUCAAUCAAACCCUCAAAAGUGUUCAAGGGUUGCUUAAAGGACGCAGUUUUCCUGGAAAAGUAUUGCUGAGCCGCCGAACAGAACCUUUUGAUGCUUCUAGCAUACAUGGAUCUCCUCGAGGAGAAUAUGGAAGGACUUUCUCUCAAAAUGAUGCUGGACCAAGCGAACAGGAGGAUGACUCUGUUGAGGAACAGUCUCCAAAGACAGAUGGUAAUGAGUCUAAUGAUUACAGUGCUUCUCUCAGUAAGUCAAAACCUUCACCGUCUCCCGUCAAUACACCCGGGGACUCCCAGAAGACUUUGUUAAGUGCAAGAUCUACAGAUACAGCAAGGGUUAUGAAGUUUAAAAAGGAGCUUUCGGCACCAACAGUUACUUUAGAAAACUUGCGGGCGCUAGCUUGGAAUGGUGUGCCAUCUUACAUGCGCCCUGUUGUCUGGAGACUCCUUUUGGGAUAUGCACCACCUAAUUCAGAUAGACGGGAAGGAGUUCUGAGGAGGAAACGUCUUGAGUAUCUUGAUUGUGUGGCGCAGUACUACGACAUUCCAGAUACGGAGCGUUCAGAUGAUGAAAUCAACAUGCUUCGCCAGAUUCAAGUUGACUGUCCCAGAACUGUACCUGAUGUAGCUUUCUUUCAGCAACCUGCUGUCCAGAAAUCUUUGGAGCGGAUACUCUACACUUGGGCCAUCCGACAUCCUGCUAGUGGAUAUGUUCAAGGAAUAAAUGAUCUUGUGACACCAUUUCUAGUUGUAUUCUUGUCUGAACAAUUAGAAGGAAGCAUUGAUACUUGGUCAUCUUUGGACUUAACGGAAGAUAAAAUUGCUGACGUCGAGGCUGACUGCUAUUGGUGCCUCUCAAAAUUGCUUGAUGGUAUGCAAGAUCAUUACACAUUUGCCCAACCAGGAAUCCAGAGACUUGUUUUUAAACUGAGGGAAUUGGUUCGGAGGAUUGAUGAACCUGUUUCAAAACAUAUGGAAGAGCAUGGUCUUGAGUUCCUCCAGUUUGCGUUCCGGUGGUUCAAUUGUCUUCUAAUACGUGAGAUCCCAUUCUCCCUCGUGAACCGCCUUUGGGAUACAUAUCUUGCAGAAGGUGAUGCACUGCCUGAUUUUCUCGUGUACAUAGCAGCCAGUUUUGUUUUGACAUGGUCCGAUAAGGUCCACAAACUUGAUUUCCAGGAAAUGGUGAUGUUCCUUCAGCACCUUCCAACUCUGAAUUGGGGAGAUCAGGAAUUGGAGAUGGUACUUUCAAGAGCUUAUAUGUGGCAUACCAUGUUCAACAGUUGUCCGAGCCACUUAGCUAGCUAGUCAAUGCGGGAAAUCAUAUACUAAAUAUAUAUAUAUAUAUAUUUUGAGAUACUUAGUUUUGUAUGUUCCCUAUUGUAUUCAUAUAGUGGUAAUUCCCAUGUGAUAAAAGAUGGUUUCAUUUUGUUGAUAAUGCGGCCUUGUAUCAUUUUGUGUUGAUUACUUUGCUCUUCAUGGCAUAUGCGUCUUUGAUAUGUAAUCAAUUGCAUGUUAUAUGCUUUGCUUUUUCAACAUUUGUUAUCGUAAUUCGAUUUUGAUUGAAUAGAAGAUUUUAUUUGGCAA